CAGACGCAGUUAGUCAUCAUCACGCGCGUUUACUAAACAUGUAAAUCAAAAUCAGCGAUUGUAGGGCAGACGAGAUAUGUCCGCAAAAAAUGUAUUAGAUAUAUGUCACCAUUGUACCUUUUGUUUCUUUGUGAUUUUGCGGCGAUACGCACGCUAAGAUAACAUGUUCUUGUUUACCGUAUUGUAGCGAGUCGUCUAUUAAAUUCAUUGUUCUCAUAGCUCAAGGCUCUAUUGACUUUGCUUCCAGUGUUCUUAAAAAAAUAACUUUAAUUUCUAGUUGAUUGGGUUCAUUACUAUGCACAAAUUGUUGCUUUGUUCAUCAUUACACUAAAGUAAAUGUUUGCAAACUGUUUCUGUUGACCUACUGACAGGAUAUGGCUACAAACAGAAGCGGGGCGGCGCAGCGGCCGAAUGGCGCUCCACAGACGAAGGUGUGCCAAUUCAAACUGGUGUUACUAGGGGAGUCCGCGGUGGGCAAGUCGUCGCUGGUGCUGCGCUUCGUGAAGGGACAGUUCCACGAGUACCAGGAGAGCACGAUCGGCGCCGCCUUCCUCACGCAAACGGUGUGCCUCGACGAGACCACCGUCAAAUUUGAGAUAUGGGACACAGCGGGACAGGAGAGGUAUCACAGCUUAGCGCCGAUGUACUACAGAGGCGCGCAGGCUGCUAUUGUUGUCUAUGACAUCACCAAUCAGGAUACAUUUGGACGGGCAAAGAACUGGGUGAAGGAACUGCAACGGCAGGCGUCGCCAUCGAUCGUGAUAGCGCUGGCGGGCAACAAGAGUGACCUUGCGGCCAAGCGUAUGGUUGAAUUCGAGGAGGCGCAGGCGUACGCAGACGAGAAUGGACUACUCUUCAUGGAGACCAGCGCCAAGACCGCCAUGAAUGUCAACGAUAUAUUCUUAGCUAUCGCGAACAAGUUACCAAAGAGCGAGAGCGGCGGAGCCGGAGCGGGGGCGGGCGCGGGCGGACGUCGGCUGCAGGACGGGGAGGCGCCGCGGGCCUCCUCCUGCUGCAAGUGAUACCCGCGCCGCGCACAGAUAAAUUCGCUAGCAGGUGAGGGCGCGAGCGGGGGUUGAACAUAGUAACGUCGCCGCCGCCGGCCGGCUCCCAGCCACCACUAACACACCACACCCACAGAGCACCACACACUUACAGAGUGAAAGCUUUUCCCUCAGUGCUCAUUCUAUCAUCUUUAGACACACGUAACUAUGAACAAUACUGUCCAUAUCACAGUGUUGACAAUGGUUUUACCUAUAAAAUUUCCUAGAUGAAACUAGUGCUCAAGUUUACAUUCUGUAUUGUGUAAUGGUCUGUGGUACCACACCAUCGCCCACUCGCUGCCACAGAGGGCCUAUCGUGCCUUCAUCCUUACACCUUCUAAUUAAACUCGCAUGUUUACUGUCACGCGUGAAGGUCUUCAACCACAGAUCCAGAUGCCACCAAACUGUAUUAAGUUUCAGGCUUUAAUACGAAUAAUUUAACGGUAAAUAUCCCCUUAGAUUCACAAAAAUACACUCAAGUCUAAUUAAAAUAUAAUAAACUUUUCGUUGCCGACCUAUCAUGUCUUUUUCUUGAUUGAAAGAAAUUGGCAAAAUAGUGUAAUAGAUUUUUUAUUUAGUUUUUAUAAAUACGGGAAAAAAUCAGUUUAGUUCUGUGAGGAAUUUAUUUAUUCAUAUAUCCCUAAAUAGGUUUAUUCAUAUUGUAAAGUUUGUUAUGCUUAUUUUUCAUACACAAUACAAUAUAUUCGUGGUCUGUCCCGCAUCUGUGUCUGUGGUCGUAAUUCUACGUUCUCUAAGCACGACUGGAAUCGUGUAGAGUGGUAACGCUCGCGAGAACCGGAGACGGCGGCCGCGUUCUUUUAUUAUACAAGAGCUAAAUAUAAAAAUGAUACAUAGAUUUAACCUAUUUGUAAUUCUAAUGAGAUGUAAUAAAGAUAUAUUUAAUUUCGUUUGUAUCAUGUUAUAGGCAGUCGGUUGCACUGUUCCCGCGUAGUUUAAGGGUUACAUAACGAGAAUCGGUUCUAGCCGCAUCGCCUCGUUACUGCGUUAUUCUGCGGAUGCUAUAGUUGGACGGGCUGGCGACGUUGAAUUAGAUCAUAAAUACAUUAAAAAUAUUAACUACUUAGGCCGAUAUAAUCGAAUUUGUAUGUAGACUACGAGUAUCAAAACGCGAAAUAGAUGUAAACACAAUUCGUCCAACUAUAGUUCUUCAUUUGAAGCCUAAGCUUCGUUACUAUCAAAAUUGUGGUGAAGGUGCAUUUACAUUCGCGUUCAUACAUGAUUUUUUUUACACAUUAGUGCAGGUUGAUAGUACUGCCGCAACAAAGUGUCGACUGUUGUAAAUUGUAUCUACUGUGAAGUUGUUCAGUCUCUUACUGAUUGUAGGAAAAUAGUCUGUCAAGGCGUUGCCGUGGACGUAAAAAUACAAAAUUUACUUUAAAGUCUCCGCGCUACGAAUUUACGUAGUACGAUUUUUGUAAUGUAUAUUGUUUACAGUAAAAAUCGCACGAUAAAAUUCGCAGCGUGUGUCAAACCCUUAACCAAUAUAUACAGCUAAUUAAUUUAGAAAAUUAAAGUUGAAAAUAGAAUACAAUAUAGUUCUAUUUGACAUUAGUAAACGUCAUUUCAGAUUUUUAGUCUACGAUAAUUCUUUUACGGAACUUUUUAUCUUCAAGCCUGUUAUCGUAUUGGAGCCAGACUCAUUUAAAUUGCAAUAAUGAACUUAAUCACAUUGUACCCCAAGGUUCAAUUUACACAUCGAAAUAAUGAGUGUUCACGAACACUGACAGGAUUUCAUCGCUUCCUUUUCGUCAUUUAUUCACAAGGUCCUAGGAUAAUUUUUAUUCACCCUACUUCACGUUGUUUGGCCUAUGUACACAUUUCAAUAAUUAAUAUAUACCAUUAAAUUAUAGCUUGUUCGAUCAUUUUCGUAAUAAUUAAAUAACAAUUUGCACUCUUAUAAAAGCGCUAUGAAGUUUCGACGUAAAAAGUACAGCAAGCCGAAAGUCAAUUUAAUUUACUUCACGAAACUGAUCAACACAGUGUUGUUUCUUGGUGAAAAUAUUAAAUUAUCGAAUUUUCGGUUUAAUAUACUCUUACGAUUGACCCUGAUUACUACUAUGUCCAAUUUAGAAACAAGAACAAUUACUCGCAACUACAAUACAUAUAGAUAAUAUUGUUAGAGCAUUAAUAUUAAUAUAUUGGAAUGUGUAGUCUAACAAUUUCUUAUUUAGUUCAAAUAAAUGCAUAGUUAUUUAAAUUUAGAUUUACGUGUCUCAGUUAGGUCGUUAUAGUUAUUUUAAACACUAAUUAUUCAAUGGACAAAUUGUUCAAAUUAUGUUAUUGUAUUUGCAUAACCUGUAUAAUUCUAUAUAUAUAUAUAUAUUUUAAGUGUAUUUCAGUGAGUCUUGCUUUGAUAGUAGCUAUCUUUAUGUAAUGAUUUGUAAAAUCGCAUUCCAAACGGGAUAUUGCUGGUAUGGGAGGUAGAACUACAGUGUCUAACAGUAGAACGUGUAUAGUCCUUCGGUUCGGUUUAAUUGGUUGAACAUACUCUUUCCGUUAUUAGAGCAAAAAUUUCACUUCCACAUUGCGCCGCAAGUAAUCGCAAGUUGUCGCAGGAUCGAUAACCCACGGCGCUGCGUGCGAGUGGGCCUUAACGCAUACAUUUGAAAAUUAAUAUAGGUAUUUGUAGGAAAUGACGUGUUGUGACGAAACAAGAGAAAGACACAUCCUCACGCAGACUGCUAUUUAAUUAUUAAUAACCAUGUUUUUUUAAUAAAGUAGUUAUACUUAACAAUUAAACGGUAAUUUUUACAUUAUUAAUUGAGAUUACAAGGAAUUUAAACAAGUUAUCGAAGUAGUGGUGCGUAGAGAUUUCGUUGAUUAGAUAUGCGACUCCCACACACCGCCAAUUCUACUUCCAUUUGAUAGCUGUCACUGACCAUCUGUCAGUUAUCUGCCGUGUUAGUAACAGUGUUCUAUAAUCACAUCCCUUACUGUCAUGCUCUAGAAUAAAAUAAUAGAAAUCUAUACUUGUUACAUAUUAACUUAUGGAGUUACCAUUGAGUUAGAAAAGAUUAGCUUUAGUUACAAUUCUGAGCUAUAAUGUGUCGUUAUCUGUUUCGUUACAAUUCGUCCCUUACAAAUUAUUUUAAAACGCUUGCAUUAUAUAAUUUCGUAGUAUAUAUUUAUAUAUCUACUAGCGGAAUGGUUUAUUUAUCGGAUAGACGUGAAGCGCCAUCUACGUAAACAACUCCCCACGGAUUGCAAUCACUUGAAACGGCGAUGAAUGUUUUUGUGAUAUUAUGUCAAUCGAAGCCCGUGCAUUCAACAAGCAAUAUAGGUAUUGCAUUUGGUAUAAAUAUGUCCCAUUUAUAUGUAAUGAGUUUAUAUACAAUUUUAUAUGUGCUACACAACUGUGUGUGCGUUCAUAACUAUGAACGCAUAACGUGAUCGCUUGUUUCAUACAAAAUUACAAAUUGUAGUUUUAAUUUACAUAUAUAUAUGUAUGAUGUUUUUGGAAAUUUAUUUUUAAUUAUAUAUAAAAAAAGACCGCUUCCCGAAUGGUGAUUGUUAACUAAGCGAAAGUCGCUGUCUAAUAUAAUGUUAGUUUAACGUUUACAAUAAAGUGAAACCUUCAAAACAACUUGAGACAGAAGUAAUGCAAAAUGCAAACCAAUAUAUAAUAGAUAAUUUUGUUUAUAUAUAUAUUAGAUUAAUAUGUAAUUUUUAAUUAAUAUAAAUAGCAAAUUAAUUUUACUAAAUUAAAUAGUUAUUUUGUGUAAAAUAUAAGAAAAUUGUUAUUUAUGUUAUACACUUUUUGACCGUCAUUAAUACGUACGUAUAAUAUAAGACUAGUUUGUCUUGUAUGUGUCUUUUAAAGGCUUGUAAUAACACAGUUGUCUGUAAUUAAAUUUAUUGUAUGACGCCGGCGUCCAGAAUUAAUAUGAAAAAAAUAUAUAACGUAUAAAUAUAAUUGAUAUAGUAAUUAAUAACGGGUUCUGGAAGUUUUAAAUAUUGCAUUAAGUCUGUCCCGCGUUGUUUUGUCGGCAGUCGGCCGUCGCGGAAGCGGCGACACGUUUGUAAACUUCAUCAGUUUGUAAUCGGCAAUGUAAAUCACACAACAGAGUAGCGAGGGACGCUGUGAAGGUAAUAUUAUAUGUUUUUGUAUUGUGUAAAUAUUUUGGAUUUAUUAAGAUUAUUAUAUUGAAUAAAAAAAUAUUGUAAAUGGAU